AUGUCGGAUCGCGCCUCCUCGGCAUCAUUUCGAGUAGGACCUCCUUCACCAGCAUCUCCCGCUCCCGAGUCUCUCAAGGAGACUCCACAACUUCCAACGAUCUCCUCCGAUCAGAUUCCUCAGACCCCGACAUCACCUCCGUUGAUGUCGGUAAGCGCUCAUAAUUAUGCCACCCACUUCGUACCCUCGCAAACCUCACCUAGCCAGGCGACCUCACAACCCACCAGUCUUUCAUCCCCUCCGUCCUCUGCUCCGAUGUCUACCCAGCCGUCACAACAGCCGGUGGUAGGCGGGUCGGCAAACUCGUUCCCUACCCCCGCCAGCAGCGUGAGCGGACAUAUACCCGGCACGAAUUCGUUUGACGAACCCGAUGCUCCAGCUAAGUCAAUGGGGUCGGGAUCCUCAGAAGGGGGCGCAGUCCCUGCUGGUGGCGCGUUUGCGACCGCCCAAGGGGCUGAACACAGACGGACAGAUCACGACCGGCAGCCAGGAGGAGAUUCGGAGGGCGCAGUCCGUGAUCAUGCUGCCACAGGAUUACCCGUUCACGGUGAUGCGAUGGACAUUGACAGAGAGGUGGUGCCAGGCUCGUCUGAUGGUAGUAUGAGCCUUGAGUCAUUGCAACACGAUUUUUCCUCGGCAUUUCAUCUCUGCAAAAGCUCCUACACUGCGACUGGUCCGGAUCCGUCCCUGGAUUUGAUUUCCUUGUACGGGCUAGGGCCCGUUGCAAAAUCCGUCGCCCGAAUGGAUCCGGUGACAGGAGAGAAGAUCAAUCGGCUGCGGAAGUCCUACGAAGGCAAGCUCAAGGGGCUGGGACUUGCGGGCCGGAAUAAGCCUGUGAAGCAUGAGCCUGGCGCACCCGGUGGACUGAUACAGAUGACGAUGUGGCCCGAAGAGGAAUGGCAGAACCAGAAGGUGUUUGGCAAGGAGAUCAAGGUGGCUGAUAUGGACUCUGCGUUGCACGCGCUCCAAUUGAAGGCUAUGAAAAUGGAGCCCGGUGCGGUCCCCAACAGCGAACAAUGGGAAGAUGUUUUGGGUCACGAAAAACCGUCUAAGCAUGCUGGCGGCGGCGGUGAUAUUGGCAAGAAGGCUGUUGCACCUCCGAAUGGAGCUCGAAUGCAAGCGAAUGGGACUCCUGGGCCGGGUGUCUCAGACGCGGAACGGAGUCGACCCAGUCGGGGGCGCAAACGGCACUACGACGACAAUAGCUUUGUCGGAUACGGCGAAGGCUACGCAGAUGACGAUGAUGACGGUGCAUUUUACUCGGCUAGUGAUGGCAUAGGAAAGAAGAAACGGAAGAAGGACCACGUUUCGAAGAUAUCUACCCCUCUGCCUGACCGCGGUGGAAGUUACGGGGUAGGUAUGUUUGGGAUCGGGGCCAGAUAAAACGGGCAGCAGCAGCGAGCGACACAGCAGCAAGCUUUUCGGGAUGGC